AUGGGUGCCGUCGUCUCUUGCAUUCAAAACCUCUUCCGCACCAUCGGCAACUGCCUGAUGGCCAUCGUCAACGGCAUCGCCAGCAUCUUGACGGCCAUCAUCCACGGCAUCGCAUCCUUCUUCAACAUCCUCAUCUCCUUCCUGACGUGCGGCUACUGCGGUCGCAAGCGCGGGGCCGGGAGGACGCGCGGUCACCACUCGACGAGUCGCGUCUAG